UGCCAGGGCUGCAGGGAGCUGUGGCCUCCCCUUCGCUCUGAGAGCUGCCAGCUCACCGUGUCCCUCAGGCUCUGCUGGCCCCACAGCAGUGGGGGAGAGCAGGGGUGUGGGUGCUCUGUGCCUUCCCAGACGGCAGGCCCAUGGGUCUUUGCUCUUGCCUCGCUGCAGGCAGAGGAAGUUCAGCAGCAAAUUAUCCGAGAGACUUUCCACCUGGUCCUCAAGCGGGAUGACCACAUCUGCAACUUCCUGGAGUGUGGCAGCCUGUUUGGUGGCUCGGAUUACAAGCUGAUCUACCGCCACUAUGCUACGCUGUACUUCGUCUUCUGUGUGGACUCCUCGGAGAGCGAGCUGGGCAUUCUGGACCUCAUCCAGGUGUUUGUGGAGACACUGGACAAGUGCUUUGAGAAUGUCUGUGAGUUGGACCUCAUCUUUCACAUGGACAAGGUUCACUACAUCCUGCAGGAGGUGGUGAUAGGUGGCAUGGUGCUGGAGACCAACAUGAAUGAGAUCGUGGCACAGGCAGAGGCCCAGAGCAAGCUGGAGAAGGCAGAGGGAGGCCUCUCGGCAGCUCCUUCCCGCGCUGUCUCAGCUGUGAAGAACAUCAACCUGCCAGAGAUCCCUCGCAACAUUAACAUCGGAGACAUCAACAUCAAAGUGCCCAACCUGUCACAGUUUGUGUGAGCAUCCCUAGGCAGGCCAGGCGAGGAGGACUGUCCAUGAACACGGGCUGUAGCCUGGCUGGCUCUCCAGCUGAGAGGACCUGAUCUCAGCUGGACUCUCUUUGCCUGUUCUGGAUGUGCCCCCCUCCCUGUCUCAGGCCCUGGCCUUGGCCGUGCAGCACGUGGAGGGCCAGGUAUGCUGCCAGGGUGCGUGAACUGCCUGGCAGAACAGAGAGCUCUGGUGGGGUGUGGGGCCCAAUAAGUGUGGGGUAGUGUUGCUUGCUGUCUGUCUGUCACCUUGGGCCCUGAGCUGAGCUGUGCUCCCUGGUGUCCCUAGCAAUAAGGGUGGCCUUUCUUCCCCUCCCUCCCUCCCUCCCUCCCGGGUGGAUGUGCAGCCUCUCCUCUAGCUGGGGCGGGAAAAGCCAGGACCUGGAAUUUCUAGUUUUAAAAAUGGAUCUAUCCCUGGUGGCUCCUGGAGGAGCCCUGGGUUGUCCCUCUCCUCCGUCCCCCCGGGCUGUGUUGUUCUGACUGCUCUGGCAUCCCUGUGCCCCCGCUACUCCUACUUACUGGGUAUGGACCCUCUGUCAUGAGAUGAGUAGGGGUUUGGUCACCUGUGCUCCUGCUGGGCUGCUUGGUCUGGGCGAAGGGAUAGCAUCUGCGGUAUAGGCAGACAUUGGCGGUGAGGGGGGAAGACGGAGUCCUAAUAAACCACUAUGAAAAUCUG